UGGAUUUCAGUUUCAAACAAUUUCAAUUUUUAAUUAAAAUGGCUGAGGAAGGACCACCCGAGGCAAGCAUUGACUUUGUACCCGCGUUGUGCUUUGUGCCGCGCGGCGUUGCCAAGGAUCGACCCGAUAAGAUUGUGCUGACCCAAGGCGAGUUGGCCAGAAUCAUCGGCGCCACGCAGCAGGAGCUGGAAGAGGACAGUGAUGAUGAAGGGGAUGAGACGGCAGAUGCUGGCGCCGGCAUGGACGUGGACGAUGACAAUGACGAUGCCAACAGCGAAAAUCGCAAUCCCCAGGACGAGUUUGACUUCAAUGCGUAUGACAACGAGGAGAACGCGACGGUCACAAGUUUGGCCAACAUAGUAGAUGCCGGUGAGCAGGUGCCCGAUGAAGACGAAGACUCUGAAGCUGACGACGAGGUUAUCAAGCCCAGCGACAACUUGAUUCUCGUGGGUCAUGUCCAGGACGACGCCGCCUCCAUGGAGGUGUGGGUGUUCAAUCAGGAGGAGGAGGCUCUCUACACCCACCACGACUUCUUGUUGCCGAGCUUUCCACUCUGCAUCGAGUGGAUGAACCACGAUGCGGGCAGCGACAAGGCCGGCAACAUGUGCGCCAUUGGAUGCAUGGACCCGAUCAUAACGGUGUGGGACUUGGAUAUUCAGGACUCCAUUGAGCCCACUUUCAAGCUGGGCUCCAAGGGCAGUCGCAAACACCAGAAGGAGCAGUAUGGCCACAAAGAUGCCGUUCUGGAUCUCUCGUGGAACCGUAACUUCGAGCACAUCCUGGCCAGUGGCUCAGUCGAUCGGACGUUGAUUCUCUGGGAUAUGGAUGAGGGACAACCGCACACUACCAUCACCGCUUUUGAGGAAAAAGUCCAGUCGCUAGAGUUCCACCCCACAGAGGCUCAGAGCAUUCUAACCGGAUGUUCUGACGGCUUUGUGCGACUUUUCGAUUGCCGCGACGCUGAUGCCGUGAACUCGUCCAGCAUCCAAUGGAAAGUGGACGGCGAGGUGGAGAAGGUUCUCUGGCACCCGACUCAAACCGACUACUUCAUCAUAGGCACCAACGACGGUAGUCUCCACUAUGCCGAUAAGCGCACACCCAACCAAAUCCUGUGGUCCGUGAAAGCCCACAGCGAGGAAAUCUCCGGAGUGUGCUUCAACAGCCAAAUGCCCAAUCUGCUCACCUCCACCUCCACUGAGGGCACUCUGAAAGUCUGGAACUUCAACGGCACCGAGGCGAAGCACGUCUACGAGCACGAGUUCAACAUGGGUCGUCUGCAGUGCAUGCGUCAGUGCCCGGAAGAUCCCUACACGCUGGCAUUCGGUGGGGAGAAGCCUCCUCGGUGUGCAAUCUACAACAUAAAGAACUCGGUAGCAGUGCGUCGGACAUUUGGUAUUGAAGAUUCAGAGGCGUAGGAUUCCUGGCGUAUUCAUUGAAUGUAUAUGCUGAUGUUUUGUAUUCACGAUUUAAGAACAUUUAAUAACUAUAUAUGGCUAUUAUGUAAGGAUCCAAAACGUAUCAGUCGUUUAACCUUUAGCCUUAUCCAAAAUAGAGUAGAAAUGUACAGAAUUGACAUUUAUUAUAUAUGUAUGUAGAUCAAAUAAAUCAGGUUGGUUUUAAUUUGAUAA